AUGAAGGUGACGAUCAAGGAGUGGAAUGCCGUCGCCGCCUGGCGAUGGGACAUGCCCGACGAUGACGUCUGCGGUAUCUGCCGCAACCCCUACGACAGCACUUGCUCCAAAUGCAAGUUCCCGGGCGACGAGUGUCCGCUGUUGCUCGGCGAGUGCAAUCACUCGUUCCACAUGCACUGCAUCUUCUCGUGGUUACGGCAGGAGAGCUCCCAGGAGAAAUGCCCCAUGUGCCGGCAGCCUUUCAAGAGCAAGAGCCAGGAAGCCCCAGCCGAAGCCGACGCGCAAACGCAGACUCAACAGCCCGAGACGAGUCCCCUCUGA